UACAAGUAGACCCGCUCACACAUACUCUCCAUCACUGUUGAACCAACUUGACCAGUACCAUGGCGUCCCCAGUCGCUGUUCUGAGCGUGGUUCUGCUGGUUGCCUGUGCGGCCCACGGCGCGAGGCUGUCCCGACAGUUCCAAGGAGAGGUUAGCCCGGACGACGGGUGUGUGGUGGGCGGAGUCACGUACCCAAUCGGCGCUGUGAUACCGGACGACAAUCCCUGCCAAUGGUGCCACUGUUCUGGCCACCACGGCCCACAGUUAUUCUGCGUUUACGUGAAGUCCGACGGGGUAAGCCGGACUUGCUUACAACCUAAUUAUCCACCGCCGUGCGCCGACGCUGUGUACACGGAAGGGGACCAGUGCUGCCCAGGCUACUGGACAUGUCCCAACGGUCCGAACUGCUCGAUCGGAGGCCAGAUCGUCUCUCCUGGUCAGUCGAUCGACAUGGGCGACGGCAUGACUUGUUCCUGUGAGGGCAAUGGCGGCUGGUCACACUGGCAAGCUCAAUACUGGCCAUCGUGUAUCACCACCACUCGCCCUCCCCCAACCACCACUACCCCUCGCCCCACCAUCACCACCCCUCGCCCUACCCCAACUACCACCACCCCAACCUACUACUAACUCGCUUUCUCCUCAUGACCACUCCUCUACCCCAAACCAACACCUAAACCAACUCCAACACAUACACACACACUCACAGACACGCACACCCAUACAUAAACGCACGCCCACAC